UGAAAGUUGAUUGGAUUGAAUUUUACAAACACACAUUUAAGUGUUCUCUUCAGCGGCUUAGUCAUUCAUUCAUAUGUAAAAUCUUUACUAAAAUGAAAGUAAAUUCAUUACUAUGGUUUCUCUAGGGCAUUUACACUAUGAGGUUAUUUGUGGGGUAGUAGGUGACUCGUAAUAAGCAUCCUAUAGCACUGAAUGUGGUCACAGUGCUAUCAACUGUACAUAUAUACACCAUUUGAAUUUUUGGUUGCAUAUCAAACUACAAAUAAAAUCAUUGUUUAAACAUACACGUACAUUAAGAUAAUGCUAAGCCAAGUGAUGUAUGUCUGCCGCUCAAUUUUAAUUCAAACACUAUGCAUAUUUAUUAAUCUCACAAUCAUAUGUAAAUAGUAAUUUGGGCUUAAGCGUAGCGCAUGUUGCUCACAUUUAUUCAUUGUAUUCUGAUCUUUGUGAGCGACAAGUAACGCGCUGGGAACUAUUUUACUCAUAUCUACAAAUCUUUUAAUCCGAGUUUUUCUUAUAUAAUUGUUUUUGAGAGGCAAAAUGUCGCAUGCAAUACCAUUGACUGCGAAUAAUGGAAACGCGUUAAAUUCCCGCGCUCCUUUAAAAGUGGCUAUUAUAGGCGGUGGUUUGGUUGGCUCAUUAGCCGCACUCAGCUUCGCACGCCGUGGCCAUGAAGUACAUUUAUAUGAAUAUCGUGAGGAUAUACGACGCGCUGAAUUGGUGCAGGGACGUAGUAUUAAUUUAGCUUUAUCUCAACGUGGCCGCAAAGCUUUGGCCGAAGUGGGUUUGGAGCAGGAAGUGCUCGCAACAGCCAUACCAAUGCGUGGUCGCAUGUUGCACGAUAUCAAAGGAAAUCGUACGGUGGUGAUAUAUGAUCCCUGUACGAAUCAGUGUCUCUACUCGGUGGGACGAAAGUAUUUGAAUGAGGUGCUCUUAAAUGCGGGUGAAAAGUUGCCAAAUAUACAUAGACAUUUCGAACACAAGUUGAAUUAUGUCAAUUUCAAUGAAGGACGCAUGGAAUUUAAGCGCGCACCCAGCAAAGAAAUUGUGGAGGAUAACGCUGAUUUGAUUGUGGGUUGUGACGGCGCCUUCAGCACGGUGCGUCAACAAAUGGUUAGAGCGCCUGGCUUUAAUUAUUCACAAGAGUAUAUAGAACAUGGUUAUUUGGAGCUUUGUAUACCGGCAAAAGAGGGCGAGUUUCAAAUGCCUGAAAAUUAUUUACACAUUUGGCCGCGUGACGAAUUCAUGAUGAUUGCGCUACCCAAUCAAGAUAAAUCCUUUACAGUUACACUCUCCAUGCCCUUCAAAGUAUUCAAAACUAUACGCAGCAGUGAAGAUCUGCUAAAUUUCUUCCACAAAUACUAUGCCGACGCGGUGCCACUAAUCGGCAAGGAGCGUUUAAUUAAAGAUUUCUUUAAAUCACGACCCCAACAUUUGGUUUCGGUGAAGUGUUAUCCCUAUCAUUAUGGCUCGAAGGCGUUAAUACUUGGUGAUGCUGCGCAUGCAAUGGUGCCCUAUUAUGGUCAAGGUUUGAACGCGGGCAUGGAAGAUUGCACUUUACUCUUGUCGCUGUUUAAUCAACCGAAUCUGAGUACCGCUGAGAUUUUAGAACAAUUCACUGAAUUGCGUUGGCGUGAUGCGCAUGCCAUAUGCGAUUUGGCAAUGUACAAUUACGUUGAGAUGCGUGAUCUUACGAAACGUCUAAGUUUUCGCUGGCGAAAAUGGUUAGAUACGCAGUUGUUCCGUUGGUUUCCGAACUUUUGGGUGCCGCUUUAUAAUAGCGUCUCCUUUACCAGCAUGCCGUAUAGCCAAUGUAUAGCUAAUCGCAAAUGGCAGGAUAAGUUGUUGCAAAAUGUGUUAAUUUCCGCUUCGUUGGCGUUUGUGGCUAUGACUGCUUUCAAAUAUUAUGGCGGUUUUCAAACUAUUACACUUUAAGUAACUGCAUUUUUUUCGUUGUUUUAAGAAAUACUAUGCUGCAUCCUUCGAAAAUAUUAAGCUAUUAUUCAACGUAGAAUUUGGUUACUUAAUGCAUGCAAACCAUUUACUGGGUUGAUUGUGGGUAAUUUAUAAAAAUGUAUAGAAAACACAUAAAGGAAAGUUAUAUUAUAUUCAUACACAAAUGAAAUUAUAUACCUAAAGGAAAAGCGUAAAUUAUCUAAAAAUGUAUGCCGUAGUGAAAUUUAAAAUUUGUAUUAAAAAAAUGAAAAUAACUUCAAAUA